AUGCCAACUGAAGCUUUCGGAGAAACUCUUCAAUUUAUCACUGAUGUCAAGCUACACGAACUUAGUAAACGCCAACAAAAAUUUGCGGAACACGCGUCGAAUAUUGCUAGAGACAAAGCUCUUCAGAGUGACUAUGUUUCCCAACUCAAAACUCUUGUCGAAGGAAUUAAGGCAUGGCCUGGUGCAUGGUCUGAUGACUUUAACUUACCGAAUAUGAAUCGUUUCCUUGAACACGCGUAUCGGGACCCAGGAUUCCCUAAACCAGUAUUGAAAGAAUGGAUACGUCGGGCGGAGGAAGAAAUUGCUCACGAAGGAACUCGUUAUAAGUUCGCGCAAAUUUUCGGCCAACUCCUCAUGGAUUGGUUGAAAUCAAAGCAUGCUGACAUGGAAUCUGGUGGAGGAGAUUUUGAGAACAUCGGGAGGAAAGAAACUGUUGAGCAGAAGGAAAAGCUUGAAUCCCUUAUUUUCGAAUCUAAGGACAUUGACGUCGUUGCUUUCGAAGAGUAUCUAAGGUCACUCUUCUCUUCUAAGGAGGCCGAAGAAGCUCUUGAAAUCACCCGUAAACGCAUCAAGAAGUUUGGCGAGAAUCUGUGUAAAACUAAUAUUUCUACUGAACAGCUUCAGACCGUUAUCAAAUCUGUGCUGUUGACUGAUGUCCUUUCUGAGGAGAAAGCAGCGACACUCAAAGAAUUUUUGCGGAAUCCUACCGUCAUAGAGGAGCUUGCGAGUGUUUUAAAUAUGCAGAUUUCUACUCUGAAAACAUGGAGCUGGCCUCAAGAAGGUGUCGUGCUCGAGCCACGCCGUCAUCUUAAUGGCAGGACUCGUUUCCAUCUGGACUCUGAAAUACUUACAUGCCUCCUUCUUCAUCAUGUCGGCCUAGUUUGGUCAGUAGAGUUCAAGCAGUGCUUUGAAAUACUUCGAGCGAGUAGAGCCUGGAAACAGGGACCUCAGGUACUUGAUAGGGAAAUGAAUAGACGGCGUGAUGCCUUCUUCAGAAGGGAGCCAAGAGUGCAAGCUAUUACCGAAAUUCGUCGCUCCUAUCAAAAGGACCACUUCUUUGUCUGCCAACUUCCAUCCAAAUUCGAAGUUACGAAGGAUCAAUAUAACUCGAGUAAAUCAGACAGCGAGAGCGAUCUUGGGCCGCGUUUUGAUACCCCUGUAGAUCUGAAACAGUCACUACUACAUAUUCUUGCAUCCGAUAUUGUAAUGAAUAAGGAACUAUAUGGGCAUUGCUCGGUAGUCCGCACUGAUCUCGAGUGGUUUGGCCCUUCUUUACCCUUUGAUACUAUAAGGACCGUUUUCAAGUUCUUUGGGGUGUCGGAGGAUUUCAUCUCCUUUUUAACUACCUUCCUAUCCUGCCCCAUUGUAUUCAAGGAUGAUCCCUCAGGGAUAGCGCGCGUUAGGAAACGUGGUGUUCCGAUCUCAUAUUUAUUGAGUACACUCUGUGGUGAAGUGGUCCUCUUCGUCAUGGACUUUGCGGUAAAUCAACGCGCCGAUGGACUCUUCCUUUACCGGAUUCAUGAUGACUACUGGUUCUGGGAUCCCACCCCUUCCCGCUGUGAAGCUGCUUGGAGUGAAAUGCUUCACUUUGCGUCACUAUCUGGUUUGACAUUCAAUAAGGAAAAGACUGGUUCUGUUACUAUUGGAUCCUCAACACCGUCAUCAGGACUUCCCGAAGGCGACUUACGGUGGGGUUUCCUCCGUAUGGGAUCGGAUACAGAUGGACGUUUUGUUGUAGAUACGGCGAUGAUUGAUGAACAUAUUGUAGAGCUGCGUCGUCAACUCGCUGCAACGAACUCGAUUUUCGGCUGGGUACAGGCCUACAACAAAUAUAUGUCUUUCUUCGUUCGUAAUUGUGGUACUCCCUCCUUUGUAUAUGGAAAAGAACAUAUAGAUCAGAUUAUCGACUCACUAGCACGGAUACAACGUGGAUUAUUUGGGCCAAAUAUUAUUCUUGUCAUCUCUCGAAUGAUUGAAGACAAAUUAAAAAUCAGGACAGAGAAUAUCCCGAAUGGAUGGUUCUUUUGGCCGAAUGCCGCUGGAGGACUCGAACUAAAAGAUCCAUUUAUCGAACUCUUACUUGUCACCGAAGGUUUCAAAGAGAAAUCUGUCGGCGAGAUACUCAGACGUGCGAAAAUGAGGGACUCUCAAGAAUAUGAUAUUGCGAAAAAACGCUGGGAAACUGCUGAGCGGGAUCAGGCUUCAGUUACAGAUACUGAAUUUUUCUCCUUUGAAGAAUUUAAUUCCGGUCGGGAAGAGAGAGCGGAGUGGUGGGGUCAGGCUUACAAGGAACUAUUAUCUCGCCCAGAAAACUUUGAACUCGUAUGUACCCCCAAACUCGAAGCAGCCUUAACAGUCCUUGGAGAUGGGAUCGGCGCUUUCUUGUCUGGACAGACUAAAAAUGGUUGGCAAUCAUUAAGUCCUUAUUGGCGAUGGAUUAUUGGUUUAUACCACGAUGAGAUGGUUAAAAAGUUCGGAAGUUUGGCUAUUGUCGAAGCAGGGGCAGUACCAAUUGGCAUGGUUUCAGUGUUCAAAACCUCUCGUACGAAGUGGGAGCAGUAA